AUGAGAGAGCAGAUGAUCAACGAACCUAUAUUAGUUACCUUUAGCAGGAGGGAAAGUAGUCACAGUAGCACUCAUAAUACCUGCACAGGACUUGGCAUUUUCAGUUGCAAGGUUUAUACAAAAUGGUGGUUCUUUUGCCAACUACUGUACCAUGGAGGAACGAAUUUUGGCCGAACUGCUGGCGGUCCCUUCAUUGUAACUAGCUAUGACUAUGAUGCAUCUCUAGAUGAAUAUGGACUACCAAGGGAACCAAAAUAUAGCCAUUUGAACUAUCUGCACAAAGUCAUCAAAUUAGCUGAGCCAGCUUUAGUGGCUACUGAUGAGCUAAUAAAAUUUAUCUACCAUAGGAGUUGGAGAGCUUCCAAGGGCAAAACAGCUCCUGAAGCCAAGGGUGCAUGGCCUUUAUUUGGUCACCUUCCCUUAUUAGGAAGGUCGACCAAGCCCCUUCACAUAGCCUUGGGAACCAUGGUUGACAAAUACGGACCCCUUUUCACCAUCCGGCUCGGAGUGCAUCAAUCUUUGGUGGUGAGCAGUAGUGAGAUGGCUAAGGAGUGCUUUACGAUCAAAGACAUGUGCUUGUCCUCCCGACCGAAAAUGGCAGCUGCAGAGCACAUUGGCUAUAACUACGCAAUGUUUGGGUUUGCACCCUACGGACCAUACUGGCGAGAAAUGCGUAAGAUUACCACUUUAGAGUUGCUUUCCAAGCGCCGGCUCGAGCUGCUCAAACAAAUUCGAGUCUCAGAGGUGAGCACCUUUUUGAAAGAAAUUUACAAAACUUGGAGCAGUAAAGCAAAUGAAAAAAAGGGCUCAGACAGUGACCAAGUGUUGGUGGAGUUAAAACAAUGGUUCGGGGACCUCACUCUAAACGUGAUUCUCAGGAUGGUGGCUGGAAAACGUUACUCUGUUGCUAUCAACGAGGAAGAGAAGAAUGAAGCACAUCGAGUCCAGAAGGCACUGAGGGAGUGCUUUAAUGUUGUGGGGAUGUUAUUGGUGGGCGAUGUGAUUCCUCAUCUUCGGUGGUUGGAUUUAGGUGGACAUGAGAAAGCCAUGAAGAAAAUCGGAAAAGAAUUGGACGCCAUUGUUGGAAAAUGGGUGGAAGAGCAUAAGCAAAAGAGAAUACUAGAAGGCGAUGAUGCUCAUAAUUGUAAAGGGGAGCAAGACUUCAUAGAUAUCAUGAUUUCGAUACUUGAAGGUGCAGACCUCGGCGGUUUUGAUGCAGAUACCAUCAACAAAGCCACAAGCUUGACUAUGAUUGCAGGAGGUAGCGAUACCACCAUGGUAACUUUAACAUGGGCAAUAGCAUUACUGUUAAACAACCGUCACAAGUUGAAAAGAGCCCAAGAUGAACUAGACGCCGAGAUAGGAAGAGGGAGAUUUGUGAGUGAGUCAGAUAUGAGCAAGCUGGUCUAUAUCCAAGCCAUAGUGAAAGAGACGCUUCGGUUAUACCCGGCAUCACCAUUAUCGGGACCACAUGAAUUCAACCAGGAUAGCACCAUAGGUGGCUACUAUGUCCCAAAGGGUACCCGGUUGAUCACAAACCUAUGGAAGAUCCAAACUGACCCCAAAAUGUGGCCGGAUGACCCACUAGGGUUCAAGCCGGAGAGAUUUCUAACCACCCAUAAAGAUGUCGAUGUUAGGGGUCAACAUUUUGAGUUAAUUCCGUUUGGAAGUGGAAGAAGAGCAUGCCCUGGACUAGAUUUAGGCAUUCAAAUGGUGCAAUUUACAUUGGCCAGCUUCCUACAUGCGUUCCAAGUUUCAACUCUCUCUGGUAAUGCACCAAUUGAUAUGACCGAGAGUUUUGGGCUCACAAACGUCAAAGCUACUCCACUUGAAGUUCUCAUCAAACCUCGUUUAUCUCAUAAAGUUUAUGGGUAAAAAAAUUGUUUACUAUAUAAUCUAAGUUACUAAAUAAAAAUGAUCGAUCAAUCGAUCAUGGGUUGUGAUAUUAUAAUAUGUAGUAGAAGGUUGUGUUGUUUAUAUUAUAACUUUUCAGCAAAAUAGAAAAUAACAGAUGUGUCACUGAGUUACUCUGCCA